AUGAAUACCUACCUUAGGAUCAUCUCAUCUCGCCUUGCCAAGGUACAUUACCACCCCAUUGAGUCUUUUCGCGCUCUCGGGAGACACCAAGAAGAAGCCAAGAAGAUCAAGCUUCUGCCACCCAGCGUUGGCAGCCAGAUAUGCAGAUCUAAGACAGCGCCCAACCUUUUGCAACGCAGGGCAACCGGAGACGAAGCAUCAGCCACCCGGUGGUCCCUUUCCCGUCGUCUCCUUUCUGGGCGGAAUGCAAAUCUUGUGGCUGCCACGACGUCACAUUGGGAAUCCCAGGGGCCAGGGCCCUGGAACGCAGUGGAGAGAGAAGCUGCAUCCUCUACAGAAAACCCGGCUACCAUAUUUCCACCCUCCAGCCGUCCUUCCGUUCAUCAGCUCAGAACUCCUGCAACUAACAAGGGUGUCCUGCAACUUCCCCGCGACGUGACCAACUGGGUCUACCUGAAUACGGGUAGCGUGGCGUGA